CCCCCCGCCCGGGCCUGAACUAUGCAGAAAGCCGGACUGCUGCUAAGUGGCUGGACUCGAGCGUGGACAUCGGUGAGGAUGGCCAGCUCCGGGGUGACUCGCCAGAGCCCACUCGCGAAUAAGGUGGCCCUGGUCACAGCCUCCACCGACGGGAUUGGCUUUGCCAUCGCCCGGCGUCUGGCUCAGGACGGGGCCCACGUGGUCGUCAGCAGCCGGAAACAGCAGAAUGUGGACCGCGCAGUGGCAACGCUGCAGGGGGAGGGGCUCAGUGUGACUGGCAUCGUGUGCCACGUGGGGAAGGCGGAGGAUCGAGAAAAGCUGGUAGCCACGGCUCUGAAGCUUCACCGAGGGAUUGACAUCCUGGUCUCCAAUGCCGCUGUCAACCCUUUCUUUGGAAACCUAAUGGACGUCACAGAGGAGGUGUGGGACAAGAUUAUGAGCAUCAAUGUGACGGCAACAGCCAUGAUGAUAAAAGCAGUGGUGCCAGAGAUGGAGAAACGAGGGGGCGGCUCAGUGGUAGUUGUGGGUUCUGUAGCAGGCUUCGCUCGAUUUCCUGCUCUGGGCCCUUACAAUGUUAGUAAAACAGCUCUGCUGGGUCUCACGAAGAACUUCGCCGGGGAGUUGGCCUCAAAGAACAUCAGAGUGAACUGCUUGGCACCUGGGCUCAUCAAGACCCGUUUCAGCAGUGCGUUGUGGAUGGAAGGAUCGAGAGAGGACUUCAUAAAAGAAGCCAUGCAGAUUAGAAGGCUGGGCAAGCCAGAGGAUUGUGCCGGCAUAGUGUCUUUCUUGUGCUCCGAAGAUGCCAGUUACAUCAAUGGCGAGACAGUAGUGGUGGGAGGAGGAACCCCUUCCCGCCUCUGAGGACCCCCGGGGCAGAGGUUAAAACUCCAGCUGGUGUAUUUGUGUGUGCGCGCGCGCGCGCGCAGAGGGUGCCGUCCACCUUUGCCUCUGUGGCACUUCCCUGACGCUGCCUAACAAAAUCAGCUCUGCCCAGUGAUAAGUCCCUGCUUUCCCUGUGGUCCAAGUGUGGUCAGAUGAGCAUGCUGUUGCUAUGGCCUUGAAAAAGGCUUUGGGGAUGGGGCGGGGUGUGGUGAUAGGUAGCGGAAACGGGGAGGGGGGUGUUGCUGAGAAGACUGUGGCUACCUUAGUGAAGACCAAGUCCCCCUCACCUCCGUCUCUGGAGAAUUUGAGGGGAGAUAGAAGGGACCUGGAGUGAAAGGAACAGAGAUGGGAAUUAACAAUUUACAAAUAGGAUACAAAUAAAACGAAGAUGACCGAGCUGCUCUCAA